CGGAGCUGCAUUUAUUUGCAGGUCCUCAACAUCUUCGUCAAUAUUUUUUGGGUGUCGUUAGGUAUUUAGUUGGAUUUAUUUUUACACCGGAAAGGUUGGGUGUUUAAAAGGCCCUUCCAAAAUGUCUGACUUUAUCGAAAGUGAGGCAGAGGAGUCUGAGGAGGAGUUCGAGGAAAGGGAAGUGCAACCCAAAAAGAAACAGAAGAUUAUGGAAAUUGAUGAGGAUGAGGAAGAAGAAGAGGAGAAUACCGAGGACCAGGAUGAGCAUGGAAACCUACGAGGGCUGAUCGAUGAUGACGUGGAUGAUGAGGAGGAGGAGGAGGAUGAUGAUGAUGAGGGAAGUGGGGGAGCAGCCAGUGAUUCAGGGGAAGAAAUUGGACAUCGAAGAAAGAAGCGAACCCAUGAUUAUCGCUUGGAUGAUGACGACAUUGAUCUUAUCGAGGAGAACUUGGGCGUGAAAGUGAAGAGGAAAAAAUUCAGCCGCGUGAGAAAUGUGUACGACGACGAGGAUGAAGAGGACGACGAUGGCAGGGAAGCCCAUGAAAAGGACCUGAUAGCGGACGAGAUCUUCACAGGAGAUGGCGGUGCCGAAGAAGGAGAGGCUGUUGACGUACCCCUGCACCCUGGCGAUGAUGAGGAGGAGGAUGAGGAAGAGUCAGAUAUCGACGACUUUAUUGUGGAUGAUGAUGGGCAGCCCCUGAGGAAACCUAAAUGGGGGAAGAAGCUCCCAGGAUACACUGAUGCGGCUCUGCAGGAGGCUCAGGAGAUUUUUGGCGGGGACUUCGACUUCGCCGAGUUCGACACGGAGGCGUACGAUCACGCGGAAGAGGAAGAGGAGGAUCCGGACGAGGAGUCCUGGGACCGGCCCAAGAAGCAGGCCAAGAAGCGGGUGGGCAGGCGCAGCAUCUUCGAGAUCUACGAGCCCAGCGAGCUGGAGAGCAGCCACAUGACGGACCAGGACAACGAGAUCCGCUCCACGGACAUGCCGGAGAGGUUCCAGCUGCGCAGUAUCCCUGUGAAGCCCGCAGAGGAUGAGGAGCUGGAGGAAGAGGCUGAGUGGAUCUACAGGAAUGCCUUUUCAACUCCAACUAUUUCCAUGCAGGAAAGUACAGACUACCUGGACAGAGGAACGACCAGCAGCUUCAGCAGGAAAGGACCUAGCACCAUCCAGAAGAUCAAAGAGGCCCUGAACUUCAUGAGGAACCAGCACUUUGAGGUUCCGUUCAUAGCCUUCUACAGAAAGGAGUAUGUGGAGCCAGAGCUCAAUAUCAACGACCUCUGGAAGGUCUGGCAGUGGGAUGAGAAGUGGACCCAGCUGAAGACACGCAAGCAGAAUUUGACGCGCCUCUUCCAGAAGAUGCAGGCCUUCCAGUUUGAGCAGAUCUCAGCGGACCCAGACAAGCCCCUUGCCGACGGCAUCCGUCCACUGGACACCGCUGACAUGGAGAGGCUGAAAGAUGUCCAGUCUAUCGAUGAGCUGAGUGACGUGUACAACCACUUCCUGCUCUACUACGGCCGAGACAUUCCCAAGAUGCAGAACGCCGCCAAAGCCAACAAGAAGAAGUUGAAGAAGAUCAAAGAAGUCUCGGAGGAAGAUGGAGAGCAGGAAGCAGAGUUGGAGGAAGAGGAAGAGGAAGAAGAACAGAAGGGGCCUGACCUGAAGCUGGCAUCCCGCAGGGACAUGUACAGCAUCUGCCAGAGCGCGGGGCUGGAUGGGCUUGCGAAGAAGUUCGGUCUGACCCCGGAGCAGUUCGGAGAGAAUCUGCGAGACAGCUACCAGCGGCAUGAGACAGAGCAGUUUCCAGCCGAGCCCGUAGAGCUGGCCAAGGACUAUGUAUGCAGCCAGUUCAGCACCCCUGAGGCGGUGCUGGAGGGAACGCGCUACAUGGUGGCCAUGCAGAUCGCCCGGGAGCCGCUGGUCAGGCACGUCCUCCGGCAGACCUUUCAGGAGAGGGCCAAGAUCAACAUCAAACCCACCAAGAAGGGCAAGAAGGACGUGGAUGAGGCGCACUAUGCUUACUCCUUCAAAUACCUGAAGAACAAGCCCGUGAAGGAGCUGAACGGAGAUCAGUUCCUGAAGAUGUGCCAGGCGGAGGAGGAGGGCCUUCUCACCAUAGACAUCUGCAUCGACCUGGUGGGAGUGAAGGGGUACGGGGGCGAUCAGACCUACUUUGAGGAGAUCAAGCAGUUCUACUACCGAGACGAGUUCAGCCACCAGGUGCAGGAGUGGAACCGGCAGCGUACCCUGGCCAUCGAGCGCGCCCUCCAGCAGUUCCUCUACCCGCAGAUGGCCAAGGAGCUGAAGAACAAGCUGAUCGCCGAGGCCAAGGAGAACAUCAUAAAGGCCUGCUGCAGGAAGCUGUACAACUGGCUGAAGGUGGCACCUUACCGACCGGACCAACAGGUGGAGGAGGACGACGACCUCAUGGAUGAGACACAGGGCAAAGGCAUUCGCGUGCUGGGCGUGGCCUUUUCAUCCAGCCGAGACACCCCAGUCUUCUGCUCCCUCAUCAAUGGGGAAGGAGAGGUGGUGGACUUCCUGCGGCUGCCCAACUUCCUGAAAAGGAGGAACGCAUGGAGAGAGGAGGAGCGGGAGAAAAAGCUUCAAGAUAUUGAAAACCUGAAGAAGUUUCUCAUCAGUAAGAAGCCCCACGUUGUUGCCGUGGCCGGGGAGAACAGGGACGCACACAUGGUGAUGGAGGACAUCAAGCGGACGGUAAGCGAGCUGGAGCAGGAGGCCUCUCUCCCCUCCGUGGGCGUCGAGCUGGUGGACAACGAGCUCGCCUUGCUCUACAUGAACAGCAAGAAGUCUGAGGCGGAUUUUAGGGACUACCCCCCUCUCCUGCGGCAAGCGGUGUCUGUGGCGCGGAAGAUCCAGGACCCCUUGGUGGAGUACGCCCAAGUCUGCAGCAGCGAUGAGGACAUUCUGUGUCUGAAACUGCACCCUCUUCAGGAGCACGUGGUGAAGGAGGACCUGCUGAACGCCCUGUACUGCGAGUUCAUUAACCGGGUGAACGAGGUGGGCGUGGACGUGAACCGGGCGAUCACCCACCCCUACACGCAGAGCCUGGUGCAGUACGUCUGUGGGCUAGGCCCCAGGAAGGGCUCUCACCUGCUCAAGAUCCUGAAACAGAACAACACUCGCCUGGAGAACCGGACGCAGCUGGUCACCAUGUGUCACAUGGGGCCCAAGGUCUUCAUCAACUGUGCUGGCUUCAUCAAGAUUGACACAGCGUCUCUGGGAGACAGUACGGACUCCUACAUCGAGGUUCUCGAUGGGUCGCGCGUGCACCCCGAGACCUACGAGUGGGCUCGCAAGAUGGCGGUGGACGCGCUGGAGUACGACGAGUCGGCGGAGGACGCCAAUCCCGCCGGAGCCCUGGAGGAGAUCCUGGAGAACCCGGAGAGGCUGAAGGACCUGGAUCUAGACGCCUUCGCCGAGGAGCUGGAGAGACAGGGAUAUGGUAACAAGGGCAUUACCCUGUACGACAUCCGUGCAGAGCUGAGCUGCAGGUAUAAAGACCUGAGAGCACCCUACAGGCCCCCCAACACAGAGGAGGUGUUUAAUAUGCUCACCAAGGAGACGCCGGAGACCUUCUACAUCGGUAAACUGAUCACCAGCGUUGUGACGGGGAUAGCUCACCGGCGCCCCCAGGGGGAGAGUUACGACCAGGCCAUUCGCAACGACGAGACGGGUCUGUGGCAGUGCCCCUUCUGUCAGCAGGACAACUUCCCUGAGCUCAGCGAGGUGUGGAAUCAUUUCGACAGUGGCUCCUGUCCCGGUCAGGCCAUCGGGGUACGCUCCCGCAUGGACAACGGUGUCACUGGUUUCAUUCCAACAAAGUUCCUGAGUGACAAAGUAGUCAAGCACCCGGAGGAGAGGGUUAAGGUUGGGAUGACGGUCCACUGUCGGAUAAUGAAGAUCGACAUCGAGAAGUUCAGCGUGGACCUCACCUGCCGAACGUCAGACCUGAUGGACAAGAACAACGAGUGGAAGCUGCCCAAGGACACCUACUACGACUUCGACGCUGAAGCCGAGGACGUCAAGCAGGAGGAGGAGAUGAAGAAGAAACAGCAGCGUACCACCUACAUCAAAAGGGUGAUCGCGCACCCUUCCUUCCACAACAUCAACUUCAAGCAGGCAGAGAAGAUGAUGGAGGCCAUGGACCAGGGCGAUGUCAUCAUUCGGCCCAGCAGCAAGGGGGAGAACCACCUGACGGUCACCUGGAAGGUUGCGGACGGCAUUUAUCAGCACGUAGAUGUGCGUGAGGAAGGCAAGGAGAAUGCCUUUAGCCUGGGCCACACCCUGUGGAUCAACAAUGAGGAAUUUGAAGAUUUGGAUGAAAUUACAGCUCGUUAUGUCCAGCCCAUGGCAGCAUUUGCACGUGAUCUUCUCAGCCACAAAUAUUUCCAAGACUGUAAUGGCGGAGACAGAAAAAAAAUGGAGGAGCUCCUUUUGAAAGCUAAAAAAGAAAAGCCCACUUUCAUUCCCUACUAUGUGUCAGCCUGCAAGGACCUGCCAGGGAAAUUCCUGCUGGGCUACCAGCCUCGUGGAAAACCAAGGGUGGAGUUUGUGACCAUCACUCCCGACGGCUUCAGAUACAGAUCCCAGAUAUUCCCCACAGUCAACGGACUCUUCCGCUGGUUCAAGGACCAUUACCAGGAGCCAGUGCCAGGCAUUACCCCCAGUAGCAGUAGCCGAACUCGAACCCCAGCAUCGGUCAACGCCACACCGGCCAACAUCAACAUCGCAGACCUGACGCGAGCGGUCAGCGCCCUCCCUCGGAAUAUGACCUCCCAGAUGUUCAGUGCCAUCGCCGCGGUGACAGGGCAGGGACAGAAUCCCAACUCCACGCCGGCGCAGUGGGCGUCCAGCCAGUAUGGCUACAGCGGCGGCAGCAGCGGCGGUGGCGGCGGCAGCAGCAGUGCUUAUCACGUGUUUGCCACACCGGCCCAGCAGCCCAUCACCACGCCCCUGAUGACCCCCAGCUACUCGUACGCCACCCCCAGCCAGCAGCAGGCCAUGACCACCCCGCAGUACCCCAGCAGCACCCCCCAGUCCUCGCACGGGCACCCGCCUUCCUCCACCCCGUCCUCAUCCUCGUCCCGCGUCAGAACACCACAGCCAAAGACGAACACUCACACAGCGGUGGACUGGGGCAAGAUGGCCGAGCAGUGGCUGCAGGAGAAGGAGGCGGAGCGCAAGAAGCAGAAGUCCAGGAUGACCCCGCGGCCCUCGCCCAGCCCCAUGAUCGAGAGCACGCCCAUGUCCAUCGCCGGGGACGCCACCCCCCUGCUGGAUGAGAUGGACCGAUAGGCACCGGAGGGGGAGAGUGCAGCCACCUCACACCGACCUCCCCCCUUCCCAUAAUCCCACACUCUGCUCCCCAGCAAUCCCACAAGCCCACUGCCCCCACUGUACUCGCCAUCUCUCUCCUCAGCCCCAAAGCUACUUUAUUUUGUAAUAACAGUACUGGAGCAAAAAAAGCUACUUCAUGUUGAGACAAAGAUGAACAUUUCAAAAACGGGCAGUUGGACAAACAAAUUUGGGAAAUGGACCUAUGACAGAAGUUUGUCACGUGGGGUUUUAGUUUUAAUCAAGGCAAGGCAAGGUUUUUUUGUUUUGUUUUUU